GUAUGGAGGUUGGGCUGGAGUCAACAUUACAAAAAGUAAGACAGUUGGACAAAGGGAGAGGACGUGGGGACACGCAGCGCAGCAGGAAGGCUCCCACCAUCAGCGAUCCCGUAAUACUAGCUGGAGAGAGGACCUUCUGUCCAGAUGAGAGAGUGGACUGAGUUGGAGAUGAGCUUUUCGGCAGGGGGGUUUCUCUCCGCCUCGGAUGGUUACUGCUCCACAGAGCAGCUCCAGUAUUAUGACAUGCUGGCUGACCCUCUGGGCUACCCCCUACAGGACCCUGACCCCCAGCUGCUCCCUUACAGCCAACAACAGUACAGCCCCGCCAACCUGCCCUUUUCCCUCUAUGGCUCUCCACCCUCCUGCACCUCCUCUCCCUCCUCCUCCUCUUCUUCCUCGCAGCCCUGCCAUCCUCUGUACCACUACAGCCCUCAUUGCCUGGAGGCCCCCUGUGACCCCAGUCCCGAGACCCACUGUGGGGUCCUAGCACAGGGGCUUGGAGCGGUGGGCCUGCCUCUGGGGCGGAGGACACGGGUGGGGUCGGGAGGGAAAAACAGAGGUCAGGAUGAGCUGUGUGUAGUGUGUGGAGAUAAAGCAUCAGGGUAUCACUACAAUGCUCUUACCUGUGAGGGAUGCAAAGGUUUUUUUAGGCGUAGUGUGACUAAAAAGGCUGUGUAUCACUGUAAGAGUGGCGGCGGCUGUGAAAUGGACAUGUAUAUGAGGAGGAAAUGCCAAGACUGUCGGCUGAGGAAGUGCCGCGCUGUGGGAAUGCUGGCUGAGUGCCUUCUGACGGAGGUGCAGUGCCAGUCCAAACGACUAAGGAAAGGAGGUAAAGGUAGAGGACAGGAGGAAGAGGAGAACACAGACAGUCGGAAGGUCAGCUCAACCAGCAGGAUACCUGGACAGGUUUUGUCCACCAGUUUAACCCGAGAACAGAAAUACAUUGUGGACAGGAUGGUGGAAGCCCAUCGACUGUACAAAGCACAAGACAGCAGCCACUGCAGGUUGUUUGAGUGGCCGUGCACAGAAGAAGGGGAGGGCUUUUCUGAUGUUGUAUCCCCCCACCUGCAACGACUGCUACAGUUUGCCAGGACAGUGCCAGGUUUUGACCUCCUGGAUUUUUCCGACCAGUGCUCUCUCUUGUCUGUCUCUUCACUGGAGGUCAUGUUCCUGCUCUCAGCUCAGCAGUUCUCCCACAGCACAACAAGCCCCAGUCCAACAUCAGCCCUGCAAAUUUUUAGUAUGUCAACACACAACUGGCUGAGAAAUGUAGAGUCAAGGGAAAACAUCCACAGCAGGACACUGGUCAGCUCAGGAGGCAGUGAGGAUCUUCUCGGGCCGGUGCUUAACUUCUUCCACAGCAUGGUGACGCUGCGGGUGACGGAGACUGAAUACACUCUGCUCACUGCUACAGCUCUGCUCUGCUCAGACCGAGCGUCCCUGCAGGCAGCCAGCUGUGUUGAGAAAAUGCAGGAAUUGAUCCUGGACCUGCUGUCCAGAGUGUGCGGAGCCCAGGCUGGAGCUGCGCGAGGAGGACCGCAGCGGUUUGGUAGCCUGCUUGGUAGACUGACGGAGCUACGGACUCUUCGUCACAACUACCUCCUCCUGACAAAACAGCAGCCUGGACACUGACAGAGAGGACACGCCGGAAAUGGUGAAAACCACCACUAUCAUCUCUGAGGAGGUUUAUGUUUAAAUAGAGGGACUAAAGGGUCCUGAAUGAACUGAGAAAUUCUACCUUUUAUUAAUGCAAGCUUUCACCUUGAUUCUUAGGUCUCAGACACAAAUCUGCCAUAUUCUCAGUUGACGUCAGUUCAUUCAGACCUGCAGUCAUGAUUGAAUGUUAGCUUAUGGUGGGACUGAAAUGUUUGUGGACUGCUGCAGUUUGUUGGGACAAAAGUUAUUUUAUAGGUCUUUUUUUAUAAUUAUUGUAUACAGCUAACAUGUACACAGUACUUUUCACUAUGCCCAGUAUUGGUAAAAUAAAAAACUAAAAUGCAAA